GAUACAGCUUCUUCAGGAUUGCAAGCUACAUGGAAACACUUGGAAGGUUCGCCGGCGUUUGGGUGGUUCUGUUCUUCUGCGGCUUCCCAGCUUGCGGUUGUGGAACGUUUCCUUCGAAAGACUUUGAAGGAAAAUUAAUCGUCCUAUCUAAGACAGUCGAUUAUAUCAAUCAAAGACCAGGUCAAAUGAACGCCGAUGUCACGUUGUCUCUAACAAUCGUCGAAGCCAACGUGAUUGCUAUCUUUUUGCAUAAAAAUGCACGACACCUUCUCGACGAACAUCGAAAUAUUCUUAUGACGAUUUUAACGUUGUGCGACUCGACUCGACGAGAUCUGUUGGACGCAAUUGUCCCGGGAAACGAAGACGUUCAAUUACUGCACGAAACGAUAAAUUAUCCAAUUUUAUGGCUGAAGGAGAUAUCGUGGCGUCGCGGUGCCCUCAAAGAAGGGAAGGCCAAUCUGAAAUUAACUUAUCGAGAUGUACGAGAGUUGAUAAUGCAAGGAGCGCCCAAGGAGAAAGAAAGCGAUCGAUGUCUCGCCGAUAUCGUUCGAAACAAAUUGAACUCGAACGACAGGAUUCCUCGUUUGUGUGCCGAGAUAUUGACCAAUCGAAAAUCCACCAGAGGGUAUCCUCUUACUCAUCGAUUGCUGAUUGUUCUAAUUGCCAAGAUGUUGAAAUGCGAUCGAGAUCUCCCAUCUUCGGAAUUAAUACCAUCUUACUGUUCCGCGGUCCUUCAAGAUCUAAUCGAUAUCAAGACAGCUGGAUUUCCCGAUCAAACACCAGAUUUAAUGAUGGAGCAAGUUGUUUUAUGCGGUAUGCAAGGCUUCCUCGAGUUCACAGACAAGUACCACGAACGAUUAGUGUUGAGUUGGUCUCACCCCAGCGGCUGUUUCAGCUCCUUCGGGCGCAGGUUCGCUGGGAACGAGACGCGCGUGUCGCGGAGGGCCUCGAAGCAAACGGAUUUUGGUUGCGACAGUCACGCCACUGGUCUCGCUGCAGCGUCCCUCUCUUUAUUUAUUCGCGAGAACUUGGAAAACGCGCGCGAUGACUAAACGCCAGAACUAUCCGGCCGUUUGUUGCACAAGCGUUUGCAAAUGCGCGUGCAUAAAAACAUGAUCGUCGUGGAAAAUCGAGCCGAGGAAAGGGCGAAGGACAAGGAAGAGCGAAUUACAAACAAAGAAUAAUUUAUUUCUCGUGGUCGCAAAGGUAACAAUAGUUACAAAGUGAUAAAAUAUCUUUACACAGAGACGGAAAGACGAGCAGAACAGAGGUAAAAGUGGGAUCGGGGGUAGGGGAGGGGGGGAAUAAAUAAAAUCAGUCGUUAACCUUGCGUAGGAGAGACUGGUUCUCGCGGUGUGGCAACACGCGUAUAUUUUUGCAUACGCUUAACAUUUUCGUUAUCCUUGAAAAACCUGGAUCUAUUCUCGUCCACGAGACGGGGACCAGCCUCGCCAUUUUGAUAUCGCGCUCUGGCGAACCGCGGCAGUGUCGGUUUUCCCCGGUACAAAACCGUGUUUCUCUUCUCUCUCUCUCUCUCUCUCUUUCUCCCGCGAAAUUUCGCGCUUGUGCUUGCACCCUCGAACGACGUCCGAUUUUUCCAAUGGACUGCUGGAAAAUUUCGUUCCCUUGACGGGCGAUAGUAGUCGAUG